AGAAGACGAAGAAAAAAAGAAGAGAUUUUUAGAUGGCCUUGGUAGCAGAUUGGUUCUUUGAUGUGUUUUUGUUAUGAGGGGGAUUCUUUUGGUUUACGACAGUUUUUAUCAAUCGAUCAUGAAGUCUAAGUUUCUAUAACGCUAGAUGUUGUUUGGAAAUACACAUGAUUUUACUAGUUUCUGACCUUGGUUUCUACUCUAGCCAUUGUUAUUGUGUCUUUGUUAAUGUCUCUGAUAGAUGAGUUGCAUCUUGGCCUUCAAAUGAGCUUCUUUUCCUUUCUGAUUAUGUGCACUUAGUUUUCAUUUCCCAAGAUUUGUGACCUCAAGGAUUUGUCUCAAUGAAAAAGGCUCACUUGUUCUGCUAACACAUUGAUGAACGAGUUGUGCUGGAAGAAUUUCGAUAUUAGAAGUUUGCUUGUAUGGAUAAGUUAGUUCAAGUAUUUUAUUGUAGUAGGAGCCAAGUGUUGUGCCAUUUUAUCUGUUCCUAAGUGAGACAAAUUGCUAUUCUCUUGCAAAACAUUCGAUAAUUUGCAUAGUAUACUGUCUGGAUGCUAUUUCACUUGAUGUGGCUGAUGGAUAGCCAAAUUCUUUUUUGCAUAUUAAAUCUCUGUGAGUCUGUAGCUAUUAUUCUGAGUAACCUGUGUGCUAGUGUUAUUGAAAUAUGUGUUUUCUCAUUCAUUUGACUAAAAACAGACUCCUUGAAUGUUCUUUCCCGACAAUUAAUCUAGUGCUUUCAAUUACUAGUGUUGAGUGUAUGACUAGUCUGUGGGUGCGUGUGUUUCUUUAUGUGUUUUUUGUCUGGAAUGGCUGGGUGGUGUGCGUCACAAAUGGAUCAAUAGGUUGCAGUAACAACAAUUAUGCGUCCAGAGAGAAGUGUAAAAAGUGUGGCCAGCCAAAGGAGGAAACAGCUAUGCCAGCAAUUGCAAUGCGUGGGGCGUCUCUCCCGACUUAUGCACAUUACUUUGCCAGGGCACAUGGACUAUCCGGAUUGGGUAUGAAUUUUGGAAUCACAGGCAGUUAUGGUCUUCAACCGUCACUUCUGCCAAAUUCUGGUUUGUCAUAUGGAGGAAUUGACAAAUACGGGCUUCAGUCAAUUCCAAGGUGGCCCACUCCCGGAGGUCAUAGUAGUGGAUUGUUGCAUGUGAACAAUAUCAGCCAGCCUCUUGUAGUUCCUAGAGAUUGGCGCAGUGGUGAUUGGAUAUGCAAUUGUGGGUUUCACAACUACUCAUCACGCACGCAGUGUAAAAAAUGCAAUGCACCUUUGCCAUCUGGUGCACCACCUUCUUCAGCGGUGAAUUCUGCUGUUUCAAAUAUUUUUCCAACUUUGGGCACAAAGCGGUUGGCAUCAGAAGAAUUUGUUAAUGAUUGGGACAGCAAAAGGUUAAACGCUGGAGAUAUAAAUUCUCAUUUUUUGAAUAAUGGACAGCAGCGACCAUAUCAGGGUUUUGAGCAGCUAGGAGAGUCCACUAAUGAUCAGUCCCCAGGCACAAUGUCUAGAUAUUCUAGUGGAAACUUGGCCACAAUGUCCUCUACACAGUUGAAAGCUCAAUCUCCCCAAUUGACCACGAUUCCCUUGAUUGUAGGAAAAGGGGCAAAACAAUGGCGUGAUGGGGACUGGAUGUGCAAUAAUUGCAACAAUCAUAACUAUGCAUCUCGAACUCAUUGCAAUAGGUGUAAAUCUCAGAAGCAACUGUUGAGCCUGUAAGUUCGUUUUGCGUAGACUGUGUUCACAGUAAGAGCCUUGUGAUGAUUGUCGAAGUAGGUUUGUGUUGCUCAAGUAUUCCUUGUUUCAGUAGAGUAAUGGCAAAGCGGGAUAUGAUCUUUUGCUGAAAAAAGCUUGUCUUUGAAUUUGUUAAUAUUUAAGCAGUUUGAAGUAUUGGCAACCUAAUCUAAUCUGUAGAUGAGAUUUGGUUGAACAUGACUAUCUUUGUAUUGUUGACAUGGAGUUUUGCCAAGGUGCCCCAAAUAAAAGGUCCAAUAUGAUAUGGUUUUGCUCUUAUCA